AACUCCCUUAGCAUACAGUGCCUGUCAUUACUGUAUUGUGCAUGGCUUCUGUUGGUAAGAAUAAAGAGAGGUCGCCAAGCAAGUCUCAAACAGGUAGAUAAUUAAAUGGUUUGAAGAGUUCGCUAUCGUAAUUCACAUUUCGGUUCAUGAUGGAGAUGGAGGAUGGCAGACCUUUGCACGAGCUGAGGUUUGACGCCGCUGUCAAAGUGAUACAAAGCUUGCCUCCAGACGGUUCCUUUCAGCCCUCUAAUGACAUGAUGCUCAGGUUUUACAGUUACUACAAACAAGCCACACUUGGACCAUGCAGCAUACCCAGACCUGGCUUUUGGGAUCCGGUGGGAAAAGUUAAAUGGGAUGCAUGGAGUGAUCUGGGAGAUAUGACCAAGGAAGAGGCUAUGACAGCUUACGUUGAUGAAAUGAAGCUGAUCCUUGAGGGCAUGCCCUGUACAGAUGAGGUAGAGCAGCUUCUAAAGGUGCUGGGCCCAUUCUACGAACAGGUGGAAGAGAAAAAGCAGAUACAUCAGGUGUCAGACCUGUCCGCAGGUUUUGGAACCAUGCUAACAUCAGCACCUUCAAAAAGUGUCACAAAGAGCCUCAUUAGGACAAUGGAAAUGAAUGGCACUUUGGAGACACGGAAACCCAGACAGGCUGUUGAACCUCCGGAGCCCAAAGUCAUGGCACUGAAGGAACAGGGGGAGGAAGAGGAGUUUGAGUUUGAUGAGGAAGAUGAGAUGGAGGAUGGAAAAUUAGAAAUUGUUGAGAUAAAAGAGGUGAAAAAAGCCUCAGCCCCACAGCCGGAGAAAAAUGGCUCAUCCAGAAGACCUAAAGUACCCCUGUCCAAUGGUAAUGUGUGGAACGGAGUGGGCCACCUCCCCAAUGGGACCCACACCUCCAAGGCUGCCCUGAACAGUGAGGACUCAGAGGAGGGCCUCACCAACAGCACCCUGCCCUUGGAGCCCCAUGUCCAGGUCAACGGCCACCACGCAGAUCUCAACGCGGAUGUAUUCAGGCCCUAUCGCGCGGCCAGUGACUCAGACAGCGAGGUCUACUGCGACUCCAUGGACCAGUUUGGCCUGGAAGAGGGCUCUGAGGCACAAACUGACCGCUGUCUGGAGCUGGAUGAGGAGCAUGGGGAAAAGGGGGAGACUAGUGGAGGGGACAGUGUGACGGGCAUCCAGUGUGGCGCUGAGGAUGGGGAGACUUGUGGAGGGGCCUCUCAGAGACUGAAUGCAGACAGGCCCAAUAGCUCCCUGGUCGGGAGAGAACGAGGUUCUAGGUCUUCAGGGCACAGUCCAGGUGCCCAGAAGCCCUUGCAGGGUAGCGGGGGGGACGGGGAGCGGUGGGGGGGAGCAGGGACACGAGGAGGCAGUCUGAAUGAGCAGAUCGUAGUGGCGCUGGCCAGACUGCAGGAAGACAUGCAACAUGUCCUGGACAGACUGCACACACUGGAGGCCCUCACUGCAUCCCAGGCAAGGUCACCGGCUCAACCAUACCCACCAUCACCCCUGGCAAAGAAGAAUAGUAAGAAACCAUCCUGGUGGCCUUUCAACGUGUCUCCCAGCACUGUAGCCUUUGCUGUUGUGUGGCCAUUUGUGGUGCAGUGGCUUAUCCGCCGAUAUCUUCAACGUAGGAGAAGACGAAUCAAUUGAAAAAUCUCCCAGCCCAAAUACACAAAGCGACGAAGAGUAGACUAUCAACAGUCUUUGGUUUGUUACCGACCGUCGCCUCCCUUAUGCUUUCCCCCACACCUCUGUAACUCUAGCUUUUGCGCUAUGAAGAUUGCACUAGGAGUAGUGGGUGGUGGAAGCCUCGCAACCCACUAGAAUUGAAAUCAAAGAGAAAUGUGAAUGUAUUGAUCCACAGCUUGUAAUCGUGCAAGCUUUUUUGAGAUGAUAGGCUACAAUUACUUUACUACAUUAGUAAUUAUUUUACUCUUAAGAAAUUAUUAGGAUUUAACUUGGGAGGGGAAAGUUAUUGUUUAUGUAUGUUGAUUAUAGCAUUGUUCGUAGAUAGAUCACAAUAGUUUAUUUUAUUGCAAGUAUGCCAUACAUCUUAUGGGAUUUAUAAGAACUAUCUAACUUGUCCUGCAAAUGCCUGCCAUGGACAUACUGCAAUAUAAACCAUAGGCCAUAUAUCAUAAUAGUUUCUUAGGCAAUGCUGCUAAUAUAUUGUGAUAACUGUAGGUAGAUAAAGUGUAGAAAUAAUGAUGUAUUCUUUGAAAGGUACAUUUAAUUCUGAAAACAUAUUUUUUCUAAUAACAUGAAAUGAAAAUUAAGGCUUUGUCUAGUCUUUGGUUAGCCAGGUUGUUGUACAUGACUGCUAAAUGUUUUCUCUAGGAUGUGAAUGGUUCAUAUUUUGUAACAUACUUCAUAUCUGAUCAUGUUUUUAUACACAUAGCUUGUGUAUUUUCUGAAUUUCCUCAACCCAUGAUAAAGUGCCUCGCCAAUUUAAGUUAUACGGGGUACUGCAGAGCCGUAUACGCUACGGUUUUGGGGUAUUGUAGUUCUGUUCACUCUCAAGUAAAACAUCUCAACAUUGGACCAAAUUCUUUAAAAAAAUAAGAGAACCAGGUGGAUGAGAAAUGCUCAUUGGACACAAAAAAAAAUGUGGGCCAAUCCAUCCCACACCUUGUUUACGGCAGUGAAAAGCUGUAUAAUGAGGAUUUUCAAAUUCAAACCGUACAUACAGUGCUUUCUUCUCUAAGGCAGUGUUUUCUAACUCCAGUCCUCGAGUACCCACAACAGCACACAUUUGUGUUGUGGCCAAGCACACCUGAUUAGACUCGUCAACUAAUCAUCAAGCGCUCAAUGAGUUGAAUCAGGUGAGUUUGUGCGGGGCUAAAACCCAAAACAACCUACUCGAGGACUGGAUUUGGGAAACUGCUCUAAACUGUAUGGUUUCGAACCAAUCAUAAGAUUUGUCUUUCUCACUUUCUUUAAAGGUCCAAUGCAGCUGUUUUUCUCAAUAUAAAGUCAUUUAUGGGUAACAAUUAAGUACCUUACUGUGAUUGUUU